CUGCAGUCAUGGCUGCUGAUGGGGUGGACGAACGCUCGCCUCUGCUCUCCGCAUCCCAUUCUGGAAAUGUCACUCCCACGGCCCCACCAUACUUACAAGAAAGCAGCCCCAGAGCGGAACUCCCACCUCCGUAUACAGCCAUUGCCAGUCCAGAUGCCAGUGGUAUUCCAGUAAUAAACUGCCGUGUGUGCCAAUCUCUCAUCAAUUUGGAUGGCAAGCUUCACCAGCAUGUGGUUAAGUGCACGGUUUGCAAUGAAGCUACGCCAAUCAAAAACCCCCCAACAGGGAAGAAGUAUGUUAGAUGCCCUUGUAAUUGUCUCCUCAUUUGUAAGGACACAUCACGGCGAAUAGGAUGUCCAAGACCCAACUGUAGACGCAUAAUUAACCUUGGCCCAGUAAUGCUUAUUUCUGAAGAACAGCCAGCUCAACCUGCAUUGCCAGUCCAACCAGAAGGUACAAGAGUUGUGUGUGGGCACUGUGGAAAUACGUUCUUGUGGAUGGAACUGAGGUUCAACACUCUGGCAAAAUGCCCACACUGCAAAAAAAUUUCCUCUGUGGGUAGUGCACUUCCUCGAAGACGCUGCUGUGCAUAUAUUACCAUUGGAAUGAUAUGUAUUUUCAUUGGAGUUGGAUUAACUGUUGGCACCCAAGGUUUUGCAAGGCGAUUUCAUGCAACCUAUGUUUCUUGGGCAGUUGCUUAUUUCUUAGGUUUGAUCUGCCUUAUCCGAGCUUGUUAUUGGGGAGCUAUAAGAGUGAGUUAUCCAGAACACAGUUUUGCAUAAGCUUGUUUAUGAUUUGGUAAUGCAGGUGAGAGUAUCUAGCAGUUCUGGAUAAACUA